AUGGCUACCAUCACGCAGACUGUGACGAGGUCCGAUCCGCCUCUCCGGCUUCAACCAAGCGCCGCCAACGACGAUGCCAUUCAACUUCAUCAAUUUUCAGGAGAUGCCGUGGUCCACCGCGGUGGGGGUGUGAGCGCCGAAACCGAGGAUGAACUGCUCGAGCCAAGUCAACCCGAAGAAGCCCCCAGCGAUCUGUGGGACAGCAAAGAAGGGUGGCCCGUCGUGGCCGCCGGAUCCGCCAUUUUCUUCGUGUACCUAGGCCUCAUCUACUCGUAUGGAAUCGUUCAACUCCACCUGAGCGAGGCACGCCUCGCCAGCGUAUCGACCUUGUCGUUCAUCGGAUCGGUAGGCGCGUCCAUCUCGCCCCUCACCGCCAUGAUAGUCGCGCGCAUCAUCAACCGUCUCGGGCACCGAAAGACUGCCGCCAUCGGAGCCUUCUUUGUCGGCCUCGGCGAGUUCACCGCGGGAUGGUCGACCGAAUCCGUGCCCGCCAUGUUCGCCACGCAGGGUUUCUUGUUCGGCAUCGGCACGUCGUUGCUAUUCCUGCCCGCGGCUACCGUCCCAUCUUUGUGGUUCAAGAGAAAGCGCGGCCUGGCCACCGGCAUCGUGUAUGGCGGUGCCGGCGUUGGGUCCGCAGUGAUCGCCCUCUCCUUGGAAAAGAUGAUUUCCGUCGUCGGGCUGCGUUCGUCUCUCAGGAUCCUAGGAGCCUUGGCUUGGGCCAUCUGCCUGCCCGCAGCGUACUUUCUGAAGCCGCCCGCUGGCCGCGGCCGCUCGGUGUCCAGGGUGCAGUGGCGUCUCUUCCGAAGUUUAAAAUUUCUCAUCAUGCUUCUGAUGGGCGCACUCGCCACCUUUCCCCUCUUCGUACCUCCCUUCCUCCUUCCUCUCUACGUAUCCUCAGUCGGUCUCUCUAGCCAGGCUGGUGCCGCUAUCCUCGCGUCAUGGAACCUUGCUUCCGCUGUUGGGCGUAUCGGCAUGGGAUUCGGGGCCGACUCGCUGCUAGGUCCCCUCAACAGCUUGAUUGCGUCCCUUACAAUCAUUGGCAUCACUUCCAUCGCCCUGUGGCCCUUUGCGUCUUCACUAGGACUCCUCAUCUUCUUUGCUAUUCUAAACGGCAUAGGGUCGGGUGGCUUUUUUAGCUUGACGCCAGUCGUUGUCGGUGCUGUCUUUGGAGACGGAGAGCUUGCGAAUAUCAUGUCCAUGAUUGUGACGUCCUGGACGUUUGGGUAUUUCAUGGGGCGCCCAUUGCCGGGUGCCGGUAGUUAA